AUGACCUAUGCCGAUGAGGAUGAGAUCGAUUGGAGUGACGGUUCUUUCCACACUCCACCUCAGAAGUCCAUCGAGACCACUGCUCAUCCACUUCAACCCAGCCCAUCUGCGGAAACUCACAGUGGUCAAGGUUCACUAUUUGUAUCCGAUAAUCGCAAUCAAAACCAGAUACCCUACGGUUUUCCGCUUGAACCAGCUUCCGUGAACGGCAACGGCACGUCUCAGGGCCCUACGCGUGUUCAGCGAGCUCGCAUAGGUGUUCACCUUAAUCGUCGUUUACCUUCCAAAGAGGAUUACAUGAAUUAUGCACUCUAUCAAGCCAGUCAGAAGGCUUACGAGGCUACCGUUUUGAAUACCUUUAUAGCACAUGCUUUGCAUCCCGACCGCAUAGCCCAAUGUUCCGAGGAGUCAACUAGUGGUCUCCCAACUGUUGUAGAGUACAUGAAGUCGGUAUCUUCUGAGAUCAAUCGUAUCACGAAAAAGAUGAUCUGGAACGCUCAUUGCCGCACGGUUCACCUACUCGCAAGAGAUGGUAAGGAUGGCACCCCAUUCCUCGAUGUACACGCCUUCGACUCGAGAGCUUUCUCCGAUUACGGUCCCAGUAACCUCAUCCCUGUGGCCGACACAGUCAACGUAUCUUGGCAUCGUGCCAGUUCAAAUCCUGCAAUGGUGCAAUACUCAACCAAGGAGUACGAACUCGGCUACCAGGCCAGUGCUCUAGAAGACAUUGACGAUUUUAACAAUACGGUAUUUCGAAAUGUAAACUCCGGUGGAGCCUUGCCCGUUGGACGUGCCGUCAGGUUGUCAACAUCCAAAAAGCGUAAGGGCCAAAAUAUGCCUGGAGCAGCUGUCAGAGAAGAGCGAUCCACCAUACCCCGCAGUAACUGGCUUCCUUUUGUGCCAUUGGACUCAGUCUCAAAUCCCCACGUAUCUCAGCCCCUCACAAGCACUCCAGUCAAUAUCAUCCACCGAGCAGACUUGCAUAGUGUUAACCAAAAGCCCGUAACUUCUGUCUCUCCAGCCUAUGCGCACAGGGGGAUAUCGUAUUCACCCCCUACCCACCUUGAAAAGCUCUUCGGCCAUCAUGAUACUGAAGCCUCUAACAGCGAUCAUUCUGGCACACCUGUACAAAGCAUCGAGUAUGCAGAAAAGGUGCAUGCUUGGCGAAUGAGACUGAUCAACGAUCACAAGCGGAGGCUGACAAGGAACUGGGGCAACCCACCACAGGCUCUCGAUUGUGCAGUUCAAAGUUUGAAGCAAGCCAUUGCUGUGGCUAUCUCUAUGGGUAUCCGUCCUACCGCACACGACUACCAGAAAAAGGUCAAGACUAUUACAGCCAGGGAACAACACUGGGAGCACGUCGGGCCUUUCCACCAGUCUCAGAAAGAAUGUGGUUCAGCAUCUACUAAGGGAACCACGCCCGAGCCGCAUUCGAUCCCAGGCCACCUAGCCUUGGCCGAGCUACCGAGAUUGGCGCCCUCGGCACGUCCAAAGAGGAAGAGGAAGAGAGAUACAACCGCAGUCGAGCACACCCCAGCCAAUGUCUAUGCAAAACAGAAGACGACGGCCUCCAAAUCCUGCAGACACCCCGUAACUCAGUCAGGGGGUACGAGUCUAUCUGCUCACCAGCUACCACCUCCUUGUCCAAAUGGAUCGAGAACUCUGGAACUACAUCAACACCUUCCUCCUAAUGCCUGCUUUGAGCCAACUUCAGAGGACGAGAAACAUGUUUGGCGUUGUGCCUUCAAGCACGCAAUGGGACACUAUUACAAUGCUGGAGAUCGCAAAAGCUGUAGAGGCUGCAAUAUCUCUCUUAGUGAUAACGUUCGUGUUACUUUGAUGGACUUUUAUAUGCCACCGAGAACCUUUUACUUUCAACCUGCGCCAGAUAUGCGCUGGAAACCUUCCAAACAAUCAGCCCAACCUCGCAAGUCCGACCGUCCUUGCCACAAUGCUGUUGCAAAAGAUGCUUACUGGGAAGCUACCAACACUGGCGCGUCUGAAGAAGAAGCUCGACAGAUGGGUGUAAACGCAGUAGUCAAGUACAUCAAACCGAAGCCGUCUCCAAAAGCACCUACACCCGAACCGACGCCAGAGCCAGAGCUCGAUCUUGGUCCCCACCCCAGCGGUUCAGCCACUAUGGAGCAUGGUCAAGAGAUUCCGGAUGGCUGUUACUGGGAAAAGCGAAAGGCAGGCGAGAAACAUGCCUGGCGAUGCGAUGUCAACCACGCUCUUGGGCGGUACUACCUAGCGGGCGAUAAAAAAUCCUGUCCAGGAUGUGGAUCUAGUCAGAAUGGACCUGGUAAGCAUGAAGAGAUGGACUUUUAUCUUCCAUCGGGUGUCAUUGUCCGCCAAGAAGCACCCGGCUUGUCGAAGUACAAGCCUCGUAAGCCGUACAACUUGAGCAAGUCUACCGCUACGAAGAGAGGAAUGGUCACCCACAACCAAAUGUGCUCCAAGGUAUACUUUGAGCUUGUUGCAGAAGGAUAUGACGCAGGGAAAGCUAUGAGGCUUGCUGCAGAGAGACUCGACAAUGAGCUGGACAAGAAGCAAGAGAAAAGAAUCAUAGCUGUUCAUGGACUCGAUGGACAUUAUAUGCGUACAUGGACCAACACGAAAGUCAAUCCUCCGUUCUUCUGGAUAAGAGAUGGGUUGGGAAGAGAUCUUCCAGAAUGCCGUCUGUUAAGUUACGGGUACGAUGCUUCUACCAGGCUUUCCUCAGGAAGGACCCACCUGUCUCUCCGAGAUCAUGCUACAAAUUUGCACAACCUAAUACAACUACACCUAGAGACCGAAGGUCAUCCUCGCCCAAUCAUAUUCAUCGCCCACAAUGUCGGUGGAAUCCUGGUCAAAGAGAUGCUCUCCCAGAGUUCAAAGUCAGCAAGGUCUAUGGUUCAUGAACGCACGGCUGCAAUCCUUUUCUUUGAGGAGGGAAAAGCCAUCUAUAAAAUCAUGAGGGAAGAUAGUAGCAACUCGUCCUCGUUGCACCCGAGACGCAGUCUAGAUCAGUUUUUCUAUUCCAGCCUACGUAAGACAUCUUCCAGAGACCAGGAUCAAGUAGUGUCCAAGAAUACGCCCAAGGACGCACGCGGUGGAAAGAAAAUGAUCAUGGUUGAUCAACUAUGGCUUUGGCUCUUAGAGACCCACGACAUCAACUCGACCACACCUGAUAAGAUCAAGACGACUAUCUUCACUUCAUUCUCCAGAAAAGAAAGGGAAGGUGGUGCAGUUGAGAAAGAUCUGGAGGAUAUAGCAGACUUACGUCAAGCAAUCAUUGACGAAGCAAACAGUGAAGACAUUGAUUGGGCGGUUAACAGAAGUAACUACGUAGGACUCAUCAUAGAUCAGGCUGUCAACGUCAUGCUUAGAGUCAGGACUGAAGAAUCACUUGACUUUUUGAGCAUUUUCCGUGCGGCCAUCGGAGAAGCAGUAAGUCCAACAUGGUCCUCGUUCGUCUAUUCUCUUCUAACAUACUUGACUCUGAUAGACAGAAGCGCAAACCAACUUCUUCCGAAUCUUCCAGAAAAAAUGAAGUCCAAUUCGGAUGACAUCAGUGAAUCUCAAACCAAGCGCCAAGUCGAGCUCGCCCUUGAACUGACCGACAUCAUCGACGAGCUCAACAGCAUGAACCGCCUUUUCGAGGCGCAAAAGGACGCUUUAGAUACAGCAGUCAAAAUUUUCGACAAUCUAGACUGGGGUAUAUCUGAUCAAGACCGGUACAAACCGCUGAAGGAGAAACUUUCGAUCAUCAAGACCCAAGAUAUUGAGAGAUACAUAAAGCAGGUCAAACGCAUGACCGCGGAUGCUCAACGAACGAAAGACAGCCUUAAGGAUCUGCUCGAUCUGCAACAGAAAGAGGAAACUCUUAAGGAAGCCCACUACUCGAAUAGGCAAGCUGAUGCAGCCCGAGAACAAGCAGACGCAACUGAGGCCCAGUAUCAGAUCCUGCUUCUCUUUACCAUUGUGACCAUUUUCUUCGCGCCGCUUUCUUUCUUCACGUCAUAUUAUGGGAUGAAUGUCCGCGAAUUCACUGGUGAUGCUGGAAAUACUAAUCAGCGAGCAGUAUGGAGAGUCAUGGGUCCGAUUUCAGCGGCAAUCAUUUUGGGCUUGCUGGGUGGUGCAUGGUACAUGUACAAGCAGACAGAGAAGGAGCAACUCAAGCGAAAGGCGAAACGGAAGGCUAAAGAUGACAAAGAAGAGAGUAUCUAA